AUGCUACAUCAGAUGGACGUCAAGACAGCGUUUCUUAACGGCUCCCUCAACGAAGACAUCUACAUUGACCAGCCGGACGGAUACCUGGAUGCAACACAGCCGGACUAUGUGUGCAAGCUAAAGAGAUCACUCUACGGCUUGAAGCAAUCGCCUCGCAUGUGGAACCAAACAAUCGAUGGGUUCAUGAUCAAGAUGGGAUUCAAGAAGUGCGAAUCGGACCACUGCAUCUACAUCAAGCGAGACGACCAAGACAUGAUUCUCGUGGUGCUCUACGUCGAUGAUCUCAUCCUGGCCAGCAGCAACAACGAACUCCUCAAGUCAACCAAGAUGGCGCUGAGCAAACGCUUCGAAAUGACGGAUCUCGGUGAGCUCGAUUACUUUCUCGGCAUGGAGAUCAAGAACGACCGUAAGACGGGAAUGGUGACUGUACAACAAACCAAGUUUCUCAAGUCCGUGUUAACCAAGUUCGGAAUGGAUAACAGCAAGCCAGUGAAGACGCCUCAAGAUCCCGGCCUGAAGCUAACCAAGAACAUGUGUGAACAAGAAUGCAAGCACGAAGACACCAUGUGCAACGUGCCAUAUCGAAGUGCUGUCGGAGGCAUCAUGUAUCUCAUGGUCGCCACACGUCCGGAUCUAGCUGCUGCAGUGGGAUCAUUAUCCCAGUUCUCGUCCGACCCAUGCCCGACUCACUGGCAAGCUUUGAAGCGUGUGCUGAGAUACCUGCAAGCAACGCCCAAUCAUGGUCUUGAGUUUACACGUGAAGAAGGAAGCCGUAUCUGCGGGUACACCGACGCAGACUGGGCCGGCGACAUUGAGUCAAGACGAAGUACAAGCGGCUAUGUGUUCAUGAUGAGCGGAGGAUGCAUCAGCUGGAAAAGCCAGAAACAACGGACGGUCGCGCUAUCUUCAACAGAAGCAGAAUACAUGGCGCUUUCCGAAGCAACCAAAGAAGCAGUAUGGCUCAAAGUGCUUUUGGGGGAACUUGGUGAGAUGACAAGCGACGAAGCGAUCAAGAUGUAUGAAGACAACCAAGGAUCAAUCGCUCUCGCCAAGAACCCGGAGUUCCAUAAGAGAACAAAACACAUCGACAUACGCUACCAUUUUGUGCGUGAGAAGGUGGAAUCAGGUGAAGUCGUUUUGGAGUAUUGCCCGACUCAAGAUAUGCUGGCAGACAUGAUGACCAAGCCGAUCGCCGCUGUACAAUUUGAAAACAUUCGCGAUCGACUUGGGAUCCAAGGUGCCGCAGCUAACGAGUCGAGAGGGAGUGUUGAAAAGACAGCGGCUGUGAAGAAGACACCUCGUCAAGCUGCGUCAAGUGUUGAAGCAAGUGGAAGACCAAGCUUCGCUAUACCGGUGGGUACCGGUAUGUACCAGUAA